UGGGGGACGUUGUUCGUUUAUCGCAUAGUCGUAAAGCCUCGUCGUCUCGUCGUAAAGGUGGAAGCCAUAUCGUUUUUCUCGGUUUUUGCAACUGACGUUGAGUGCAAUCAACAACCAAGGACCUACAAUCUAAAUAAUUCCCGGAUAUAUAUGCAAUUCUGCCAGAAACGAAUGCCGAGAUCCCUCAAUGUGGUGUGUGUGCGCUUUCAAGUCAAGUGAUGAUUGGAUCGCAUCAAAAGUGGCAUCCGCGACUCCGUAAGCAUCGUGAAGAUCGAUACACGUACAAAAGACACGGAACAAAUACUCCUCCUGCACGCUAAUUUCAUCCUACAUGCCAGUAAUAGGUUUUGCCGAUCGAGUGCCUUGCCCGAUCAGAUGCAUGCAGAUUGUUAAAAAUAUCGUGCUUGCGCAAGCUGCAUGACUUUGACGAUUCAAAAUUCAUCUUUAGUCUCUUGUUGUUACCUCGUUGCUACACCUGCUUAAUCACCUUGAACGGAUAGACGAUGUAAAUUUCGUUUGCAUGCGCUGGAAUACGUUCCAUUAAUUACGCAACGGCGAAAAACGCUGGCUAAAACCAGAGCAACGAUGUAAACUCUGCGGGUUUGCGAACCGAGAAACCCCGGUUCUGGAGGAUUUUAUCGGAUCACUCGAUUAACCGCACCGAUAGCUGAAUCGUAUUGCGCGGAGCCGUACUGGCGCAAAGGAAGAUACGAGCGAAAUACGAACAGCCGCACAAUUCCACCGUGUAUCUGCUCGAUCGCAUGUGAUCAUAGAUAAGCGUAAAUAUACUGCUGCCGAUAAGCCGAUAGAUAAAUAACGACGAUUAGUCGGCUGCGGAGAGGGAUUUUUCAUAAAUUCAUUGUCACGUUCAGGAUGUUUUUUCUGAUUUUGUUGGUACGUAUUGCGCGCGCCGUUAAUAACCCAUAGCGAAACGGUAAUUUUCGGUGAUUGCGAUGAGUCCGAGUCCCGCGGUCGCAAAGUCGGUGAUCGUCACUUAUUUGUGCUAAUCGUGCGAAUCGAUUGAAUGACGAUAAUCGGGUGUCAGUGCUAAAUCAGAAGUUGUCGGGUGUCUCUCACGAAAAUACAGAGUAUCGCGGUACAAUACAGGGAAAAAGAAAAAUAAGUACUUGAAAUAUACGCGAUUCAUCUUGGACGUGGAAGUGGACUGACCUCUUGAAAAGUAUGUCUAUAAUACAACCUGUUCAGGAUGCGGAUUGCUCCGGCCGUACGCUCGCUACCCUCCUGGUUGCGUGGGUGGCGACGGCGAUGGUAGCUUCGAUUUUAUUGCGAUGGGAAUAUAUGUGGAUCGUAUUGGCGAUACUGACGAUGCUGUUCUUGUUCGUUUGCGGGUACACCGCUUAUUACGUGAAGAGAGCUCACGCGAGAAUGUUGAUCGAGGAGCAGAGGAGGGCAAUACGCACGAUUUCCGGCAUAGCGGAGCGCAAUAACCGCCGAGAGAUGGAGAGAUCGGCAUACGCAACUCAGUUGACUGUAGACUUACCACCAUCUUACGCAUCUGUAAUGUCCGCGCAGCCGACGUCGACGCCUCCUCCAGCAUCAUUGCAGAUCGAUCGAUCCGGAGAAGACAAAUUUGAAGAACCACCGCCGUAUUCGACCGUGAUCAACAUAAGUGUGCAGGAGCAAACCGCUCAAGAAGCCUCAAGCGUAUCCAACACGUCGUCAUCCGCGCUCACGAAGAAGGACGACGCGAUUUCCGAUUCCGCUCCUACUGCUACUACUCUCGUCUCCGCUUCUGCUUCCGCACCCCUAAGAUGCGUGGAAAGCAGUUGAUAAAUAUGGACCAGAUUACUUUUUGUAAAAGGCACGGACACGAUUAUUAGCGCCGGUGAAUUGAGCAAAAUACUUAUAUUGCGAAAUUACUACCUUAACUCUUGUACUGUAAAUAUUGUACAGAUGUACAAUAACGAACGAACCGAGACUCAACAACUUAGUCACAAUUUUGCAAUCGUUUAAGUAAUAAAGCAAUUUUUGACAAGCGAUUGAUUAAAUGAUUUAGAAAAUGCGAAUGGAGAUUCCUUUUUUACCGACGGUGGCAAAUCGCGGAUCUCGCGCACACGGGAUUCCGGAGACGGAAGACACAAGUGACACCUGGCAUGCGUCAUUUACGACAGUUCUUGACUCGAGCGAACGCAGGCGGCGUCGAACAGGUAAUUCGUUACAUCGGAAAGCUCCGACAUGAGGCGCGGCAUUUAUCCGAUCACGUCAUCCGCGCUGAUUCGCGUCAUUGGCGUGUGUUAGUAGCGUGGCGCGCACGGUCGCACAUCCUCGCGCUGUGAGCACCGGAACGAGUCAAAAUAGCGAAAUUCCUUG